CCCAUAAACAGAUCGUGGUUCAGGGGAAAGUGGAGAGGCAGCAAGACGUACUCUACGGACAGAGCUGCAAAAAUGUCCAGCAAAGUCAGAGAUAUAUAGAAGAAAAUAAAUGCCAUAAUGUAUCUACUACUUUUUAAAAUUAUCACUUUAAACCUUCAUGCAGCUAAAUUAAUGGACCUGAUCUACUGGCGAGAGAUGGAGAAGACCGGCAUUGUGUUCACAGGGCUGGUCAUAGGUUUGCUCUGCAUGUUCCAGUAUAGCACCAUCUCUGUGGUAUCCAACUUCUGCUUGACAGUUAUGUGUUUCACCUUCCCUGUCCGCCUCCUCUUCAAGGCCCUGGAGCUGCUACAUUUCAGAAACGUGGUCCACCCCUUCAACUCUUAUCUGGAAUAUGACCUCUCUCUGACUGACGAACAGACUGUGCGCCAUGUGGAAACAAUCGUUCUGAUGGCGGCCACGGCCAUAACGGAAAUGAAGCAUCUCUUAUUUGUUGGCAGUAUUUAUGACUCCAUAAAGUUCAUUGUCCUGAUGUACCUGCUGACCUACGUAGGAGUGCGAUGCAAUGGCCUGACACUGAUGAUUGCCGGUGUGAUAUCGGUCUUUUCACUCCCCUUGUUCUACAGGCAACACCAGGAGAAGAUUGACAAAUUAGUGACAAAGUUCCGGACUUCUGUAAACAAAAUCAAAGAUACAUUUCAGCUGUUGCUUCAAAACAUUAAAUCUGCCCGAGCUUCUGCCCCCACCUCUGGACCCAAAGCCAAACCCAAAACAAAAUGAAGAGUUAACAAAAGGUAUAAGAGUGAAGAUGAAGAGAGAAGAUGGACUAAAGACUCCAUGACGCCUUAAAUAGGGUCAGCCUUAAUUAUACAUUACUAAGCCGAAUAGGGCAAUGAGCACUGGGUACUGAGAGCUGUGGUUUACAGUAAUCUUUCUAGUAUGUCUAAGUGGCCAAAUUCACUGUUCAAUCAGUACAAAAAGUUACUGUUUGGGAUUAAUGAAAUCCAGAUAUUAUAACUUUGUUUUACAUAGUAUGUUGUACAUACAUUCUAGUUUAGUUUUAAACGAAGUACAGACAUUGAGAUUUUAAGUUUCCUUUUUUUAACCUUCACAGUUGCUUCACAGUUUCCUGGGUAGUUCCCCUGCAGGUUGUGCCUCAUCAUUUAAGAUGUUUUUGCAUAGAGUGGCAGAGUUUGCUGUUAAAACCCUAAAAUCAGUACAAACAUCCAGCCUGGAACCUUGCACCCUAAUCUGUAACCUACUCGUCCUUCUACGCAUUACUGAAAGGUAAAUGUUCCGGUAUUGUAAAUGUGAAUUAGAACAAUUGCAUUAAAAUCUAGCACAAAACAGUUGUGUUGUUAAAAAAGAACUGCUUGGAAUUCUCGCGGGUAUUCUGAAACUUUUGAAAGUUUGAUGUGGCAUAAGGCUUUGUAAAGAAUCACAAAAUCAGACCCCAUGCAGGAUGUUGUGAGUACACUAUGUAAUAAAAUCAAUCCCGUCGUUAUUUUUUAUUGCUUUGAAAAACAGCGAUUUACACACACCUUACUUACAAAAUGCAUGCAGAUGGGAGACUGUUCAAAAACGUUGAACGCAUUGAAGUGAACUCAACUAAAAACAAGAACAUUCAAUUAAUUCAAAUGACAAAACCCACCCUGCUGACUGCAGAUAUGCUUGGUUCUAAUCUCUAAGGACUUUGGAAAAUGGAUAGAAUAGAAAAGUUUACUUUCUCCAAAGGCAGGAUUUUAUAAUAGUAUUCAGUUAUUCAAUAUGUUUAUACACAAGUAAACGGAUGUAUUAAUUGUAAUGUUUGUAUUUCAUUUACUAUUCAUAUGAAAAACAGAAUGGGGUCUAGUGUGUUUAAACAAUCAAAUAUAAGAACAAGAAGCCCUUCAAAUGAUAAUGAUUAAAAUUUACAUUAAUUUACUGAUUUGCUUGUAUAUAAAACUGAUGUUUGGCAGAAAAGUUAUAUCCUCAAUUUUUCUUGUUUAGCUGGAAAUGUUGUCCUCAGUAAUUCUGUAAAAACAUUUACUAAAUUAUUACUUUUCAUAAUACAGUUUAAAUAUAAUAUUUUUGUUACCAAAACACAUGGCCAAUAUUAUCCCCAGUUAGUUCCUUAGGCAGAAAUUAUAACACCCAUCUAAAAAUACAAAAAUAUUUAAUUUACCUAUCAACAAAUCAGAUGUGAUUACACAAGUCAUGUACAAAUUUAAAAAAAGGCACUCACUGUCACCCCCCUUCUACUAAUCACGUAUUCAGUGCUGGGUCACUGCAAAUGGAAAAACAAAACAAGAUUUAAGAACUGCAUUUUUAAGUUGCUAGAGUUUUCAUUUAUGAUUCCAUUAAGAAUAACAUCUUAUUUGUGUUUAUUUGGAUUGUAGUGAUAUUAGUGAUAUUAAUUGCUAAUUAAAAUUAUGUUCAGAAAGAUACUAUAUAUCUAAGUAACUGCAAAUUAUAUUGUCUUGGUUCAAUUAUUAACUUUACUUUCUUCAAGCCCACAACCCCGAUAUUUAUAAAGCCAUAGUGGUUCUCCCUCAAUCCAAAAUGAGGCGUCUGACUUAAAUCGGUGCCUCUAAUUUACUUACACUUACAGUAAGUGAUGGUGAAUGUGUGAGUGUGUCUGCAAUCGCCAAAGAGUGUGACCCUGUACUGGAUAAACAGUCACAGAAAAUGGAUGGAUGGAACUCUGAUAAUUUGUUGCAUUAUAAUAGUUUUAUACAUGUGCUACAUAAUAAGUUAUGCUGUAACAGCACAGAGCAAAAGUAAUAAAAAAUUUCAUAGGCCUGGUCAUAAUGACUUUAGCAGUACUGUAUCUCCUUAGAAGUAAUUUUGCCUAAACGUUUGCCAAAUUAAAUUGACUCACUAAUGAA